AUGGCUCCGAAACCUCCAAAUCUAGAGGAAUUGCCCCCUCCUUGCAGGUAUGUUAUGAAAGGGUCUCACUCUUCUCAAACUAAAGGUUCGCUCACUCUUCUCAAACUAAAGUGUAGCCGACGGCGGAACCCUUCCGACGCCGUUCGCUGGUUUUCCGGCAAUCAACUAUUGCGAUUCUUUCCCUUCUCAGUGAGCGUGAUCGAUUGGAACGUGAUCGAUGACCUCAUACCGGUCGGUGAGGACCCAGAAGAAGAUUCCAAGGCAGACUCAGUUGAGAAGAAAGAAGAAUCAGACUCGACGUUUGAAAACAGCACUAUUGCUGUGACUUCGACAGCAGAAAUUAUAGUGGAACCCCCCAACAACAAGACCUACAUAAGACAGGUCGGUGAUAAGGGACAGGAGGAGCAAAAAAACCAAAAACAACCCUUUCCAACUUCGAGAGCAAAAAUGGUUGAGGAGCCCCCCAACAACACUACCCACAUAGGCAGGCAAAGUUUGCUCGAGACUCGGAAAAUUUCCUGGACCAAAGUUAGAGGGAAUGAAGUGAAGGUAUACCGCAAAGGCUGUUAACCCAUUCACAAAACAUUGGUUUGGCGUACAAAAAAGAACCUUUUUUUUUUUUUUUUUUUCCGUUAAAGAAUGUGUACAGAACCCCUUUCCUUCAAUAAUGUAUAUAGCAUGUAAUUGUGGAUCUCAA